UUUUCUAUCAGUUUAAUAACUUCCUAAAGUAGUAUUCGUUUAUAAUAAUUUUUUAUAUAUUGCAGUGUAGAAUAAAAUACAUCUGAGUAUUCUCUAAUAUUUUCUAAUUGUGGCUUGAGUCUAAGAAUAACACAGAUUUAAAUCUUUCAUCAAGAUUAUACAAUGUAUUUCGUUGCAACAAAACUCUUUAUUGCGUUGAUUGGUCUCAUAGCGACGCAAGUCGUGUUAUCUAGUAGCACGAAAAAUUUUUGUGAACAAUAUCGAGGACAGCAAGCAUCCGAUACAUUUUGUCAGGAUGUGGCGUGUAAAAAAUUUUGUGAAUCCACCACAAUGCCAUUUUAUUGUAUGGACUCCAAUUAUGUAAAAACAUCCAAAUGUUCUUAUCAUGGUGAUCUUGCUCCCUCUUAUUGUGUAUCCAAAAUCCAAGGUGUUAUGCCUAAAUAUGAUAAUUGGUGCCAAACUGUUGCAUGUUCUUACGCCACGUAUAAAUGCUUAAAGUCUAGCCGUCAUAGUUGCUACAGCAAAAUUGCUUACUGGGUGUCUUUAUCCCACGGAGAGUAUUGUAAGGAAAAAGACGAUUUUUCUGGAGAAACUCCAGAACCUACACCGCCAUCAUCGAGUACAACCUCACCUCCAAGACCUAGACCCACUUCGAGUUCAACUGCAAAACCUAGACCACCUUCGAUUUCAACUGAAGCACCAAGUUCAGAGGGAUGUUUUGCUAAAGGUGAUUGGCAGUCAAAGCCUUGCACAUUAUGUCCAAAUUCAAAAUCGUCGGAUACUUUUUGCCCACCGUUUGCUUGGACCAAUUGUUAUCCAACAUUGCAGCAAUGCAAAAAGAAUUCUGGAGGCGGUAGUAGCUGUGAAAAAGAAUGUCCGGAAAACACAAAAAAUUUUAAAAAACCAUCUUUUAAAUCGUUAAAUUGUUAUGACGCAAAAUACGGAAGUAAAUUUGGUCCUAACUGGGCUCCUUCUAAACGAACAAGUUUUGAAAAAUAUAUAACAAAUCCUUCUCAUUUAUAUCGCCUUAUUCAAGUCACACAGGAAGAAGUUCCUUUAAUGGGAAGUCAAUGGAAACUUAGCGGAUGUGAUGCAGCAGCAGCCAUGUAUGACAAUAUAGUGUGUGCAUUAGAAUUGAUUGAGCAUAUGGGAAAAAAAUUUGUUCCACCAAAACAUGGGUCACAAGAAGCUUCAAUUAAAGAAUUUUGCAAUAGUCAAGACGAUCAAAUCAACCGUUUAGAAGCUGCAUCUUUCUUUAGUCAUAAAUUCAAAGAAACUGGACGUUUUGUAGCAUGGGAAGAACUCGGGGGUACGUACGCGGAACCGCAUAGUACCUAUCCUCCAUUCCCCGGUGCGACAUAUCAUGGAAGAGGUCCUAUUCAAAUUUCAUGGAAUUAUAAUUAUGGAGCUUUUAGUGAAUGGUUAUUUGGAGAUAAAAAUGUUUUAUUGCGCAAUCCUGAAAAAGUCGAUCCAGAAGGUCCAAUGGGAUUCAUUGCUGCCUUUUGGUUUUGGUUUACACCACGAGACUUUUAUUCUAUGGCCCCUGUGAGUGGUAGUAUUCGUACACGUGACGCCAUCGUUCAUUGGAAAGACAAUCAAAUGAACAGUAUCUAUAAUGACGGUGUUGAUUAUGAUAAAUACGCUGGAUUAGGAUUAUCUACUAACGUUAUUAAUGGCGGUAUUGAGUGCACGUCAAAUGGAGCAAGUGGUUUGUGGAGAGUGGCGUAUUUCUUAAGUGUUGCGUCAAGACUCCAAGUCGACAUUCCUGAUAUAAAUAAUUACGCUACUUGCAAAACCGAUAAAUAUUGCCGUGGUAUGACAUCGGGUUGCCGCGCUACAGAUCUUCCUAUUAAAUGUACAGCUACGAGUAUUGACUGCGACGCAGAACCCGGCAAGGUCUGGGAAACUUAUUCAUGCGAAUUCGCGUAAUAUGUAUUUCAAUAUGUUUUAUUUUAAAAUGUUUAGUUCAAAGUAAAAAAAACUCUUUUUCAUCUUUUAAUCGUUUAGCUGAGCUUUUAGCAUCAAAAAAUAAACCAUCUGCAUCCAUUAAAUCUUG